AUGGUGAUAUAUGGUGUUUAUAUUGUAUCUAAGUCUGGUGGUUUGAUCUUCAAUCAUGAUCACAAUGUACCAAAAAUUGAAGUCGAGAAAUCCUUUAAUUUUCCACUUAAUAUUAAAUUAAACUAUGAGAAUAAGAAGGUAGUAGUAGCUUUUGGGCAGAAAGAUGGAAUACAUGUGGGACAUGUAUUAACAACUGCAAAUGGAAUUGCAGUCACAGGACGUGAGCUUGAAGAUGGAAGAGACAUCCUAGAAAUGUUGGAGCAACCAGAAAAUUUCCCUAUAACAUUAAAAUUUAGUCGAGCAAAGAUGACAACAAAUGAGAAAAUAUUUUUAGCUUCUAUGUUUUAUCCUCUCUUUGCAAUAGCAAGCCAACUGAGUCCGGAACCAAGAAGUUCCGGGAUUGAGAUUCUUGAAGCAGAUACAUUUCGUUUAUAUUGUUAUCAGACAUUGACGGGUAUUAAGUUCAUGAUAGUAGCAGAGCCAUCACAAUCAGGCAUGGAAAUUUUUUUGAAAAGAGUAUAUGAUUUAUAUGCAGAUUAUGCACUAAAAAAUCCAUUUUACGCGCUAGAAAUGCCUAUCCGAUGUGAAUUAUUCGAAACUAAUUUACAGACAUUAUUGGAAACUGUAGAAAAAUCUGGGAUAAACAAUGUUUAA